AUGGGGCUAGUGCUGGUGCUGCUGCUUGGGGGCGUGGCCUGGGCAGGGGGCGUGGCCUUGACAGGGGGCGUGGCCUCCGGAGUCCCCGGGUGUUCCCCUGGUUGCGAAUGCGACGCCGACAGCGCCCUCUGCAGGACGGGCGGACCCGCCGCUCCCCGCCCACUCCCGCCGCGAUUGGCUGCGCUGUCUCUGAUUGGCUGGCGGGUCCCUGUUCUCUCCGAAGGCGCCUUCGCUGACACCCCCGACCUGCAGCUGCUGGGUGGCCGUGGGGUGUCCCCAUUGUCCCCCCAUUGUCCCCCCAGCCUGAUCACUGGUGGCCGCUUGGGGACAAUUGGGGACGGGGCCUUUGCUGGACUGGUGCUACUGGAGUAUCUGUUCCUCGAGGACAACGACAUCGGGUCCAUCGUCCCCUCGGCGCUGAGGGGACUGAGGGGGCUGAGACACCUGAGUUUGGCCAAUAACCGACUGGAGACGCUGCCCCGGGGGCUGUUCCAGGGGCUGGAGACACUGACCCAGCUGGACCUGCGGGGAAACCCCUUCGUGUGUGACUGCCGCCUGCGCUGGUUGGUCACGUGGUUGGGCGGGGCCGCCCCUCCCCCCAGCGAGGCCGGCCGCUGCCGGGGACCCCCCCAGCAUCAGGGCACCCCAUUGGCCCAGCUGCAGCCCCGCGACUUCCAGUGCAUGGCCUCGGAGCUCCGCCCCUUCCAGUCCCUUCCCUUCUCCUCAUUGGCUGCUGAGCCCUUUGGGCAGGGGGGGCAGGUGGGCGUGGCCCUGGCCCAGCCCUUCGCCGGCGCCUGCGCCCUCCUGGAAUGGGACCAGUUGGGGGGACGCUUCCGCGCCCCAACCGUGGUCAACGGCUCGUCCCCGGUGGCCUGUCACCCCCUCCAGCUGGGUGGCACCUUCCUCCUGGUGGUGGCCCAACUGGCCGGCGGCUCCUCCGUAUGGCGCCGAGCGGGGGGUCCCGGCAGCCCCUUCGUCCUCCUGCAGACCCUGGGGACGGGGCGGUUGCGGCGGCCGCACGCGGUGGCCAGCGCCCGCCUGGGGGGCCAAUGGUACCUGGGGGUGGCCGACAGCUCCAAGGGCGGCACCAGCACCGUGUUCCGCUGGGGGGGCCGCGGGUUCUACCCCCACCAGGCGCUGCGGCCGUGGCACCGCGACACCCACCUGGAGUUCCUGGAGCUGGGGGGACGGCCCGCCAUGGUGGUUUGCAGCGGGGGGAGGCGCCCCCUGGUGUACCGGUGGAGCGGGGGGAGCUUCGCGCCCCACACCGACAUCCCCCACGUGCCCGAUGUCUACGCCGCCAAGCACUUCCGGCUGCGCGGGCACGUCUUCUUGUGCCUCACCAGGUUCUUGGGGGACGCCAAGGUGAUGCGCUGGGAGGGCUCCAUGUUCCGCGAGGUGCAACAGGUCCCGGCACGCGGCUCCAUGGUCUUCCAGCCGCUGACGUUGGCCAAUCAGCGCUACGUGAUCCUGGGCAACGACUUCGCCCCCACCCGCCUGUUCCGCCUGGGCGAGCGGGGCCCCCUGGAGGCGGCGCAGGAGCUGCUGCUGCCCACCCCCCGCGCCUUCGUCCCCGUCACCGUGGGCCACCGGCACUUCCUGGUGGCCGCCAGCUUCAGGGGGGCCACCCAGAUCUACCGGCACGUCACCGUGGACCUGGGGGACUAAAGGGGACAUGGGGACAUUGGCCGCGGUGUCACCGUGGAGCUAGGGACAUGGGGACAUCGACCACCAUGGACCUGGGGGCCUAAGGGGACAUGGGGACAUUGGCCACAGUGUCAACGUGGAGCUGGGGACAUGGGGACAUCGACCACCAUGGACCUGGGGGCCUAAGGGGACAUGGGCUGUGGUGUCACCAUGGACCUGGGGACAUGGGGACAUCGACCACCAUGGGGACAUUGACCGUGGUGUCACCAUGGAGCUGGGGACAUGGGGACAUCAACCACCAUGGACCUGGGGGUGUAAGGGGACAUGGGGACAUCGACCGCGGUGUCACCGUGGAGCUGGGGACAUCGACCACCAUGGACCUGGGGACCUAAGGGGACAUGGGGACAUUGGCCACGGUGUCACCGUGGAGCUGGGGACAUGGGGACAUCGACCACCAUGGGGACAUUGACCGUAGUGUCACCGUGGAGCUGGGGACAUGGGGACAUGGACCACCAUGGACCUGGGGGCCUAAGGGGACAUGGGGACAUUGGCCACAGUGUCAACGUGGAGCUGGGGACAUGGGGACAUCGACCACCAUGGACCUGGGGGCCUAAGGGGACAUGGGCUGCGCUGUCACCAUGGAGCUGGGGACAUGGGGACAUCGACCACCAUGGGGACAUUGACCGUAGUGUCACCGUGGAGCUGGGGACAUGGGGACAUCAACCACCAUGGACCUGGGGGCGUAAGGGGACAUGGGGACAUCGACCGCGGUGUCACCGUGGAGCUGGGGACAUCGACCAGCAUGGACCUGGGGACCUAAGGGGACAUGGGGACAUCGACCGCGGUGUCACCGUGGAGCUGGGGACAUGGGGACAUCGACCACCAUGGACCUGGGGGCCUAAGGGGACAUGGGGACAUUGGCCUCGGUGUCACCGUGGAGCUGGGGACAUGGGGACAUUGACCACCAUGGGGCCAUUGACCGUGGUGUCACCAUGGAGCUGGGGACAUGGGGACAUCGACCACCAUGGACCUGGGGGCAUAAGGGGACAUGGGGACAUCGACCGCGGUGUCACCGUGGAGCUGGGGACAUGGGGACAUCGACCACCAUGGACCUGGGGGCCUAAGGGGACGUGGGGACAUUGGCCACGGUGUCACCAUGGAGCUGGGGACAUGGGGACAUCGACCACUAUGGGGCCAUUGACCGUGGUGUCACCAUGGAGCUGGGGACAUGGGGACAUCGACCACCAUGGACCUGGGGGCCUAAGGGGACGUGGGGACAUCGACCGCGGUGUCACCGUGGAGCUGGGGACAUGGGGACAUUGACCACUAUGGGGCCAUUGAUCAUGGUGUCACCAUAGACCUGGGGGCCUGAGGGGACAUGGGGACAUUGGCUGCGGUGUCACUGUGGACAUGAGAGACAUGGGGACAUGGACCAUGGUGUCACCAUGGACUUGGUCACCUGAAGGACUUGGGGACAUCAAGUGUCACCUCCCCAUGGACCUGGUCACUUCGGGGGACAUGGGGACACUGAUGGUGGUGUCACCAUGGACUUGGUCACCUCAGAGACUUGGGGACACCAAUCACGAUGUCACCAUGGACCUGAGGGGACAUUGGCCAUGAUGGGGACAUGGACCACGGUGUCACCAUGGACUUGGUCACCUGAAGGACUUGGGGACAUCAAGUGUCACCUCCCUGAAGACUUGGCCACCUGGGGACAUGGGGACAUCAGCCAUGAUGGGGACAUUGGCCAUGGUGUCACUAUGGACUUGGUGACCUCAAAGACUUGGGGACACCAACCAUGAUGUCACCAUAGAGCUGGGGACCUGAGGGGACAUUCAGCAUGAUGGGGACAUGGACCACAGUGUCACCAUGGACUUGGGGACAUCAAGUGUCACCUCCCCAUGGACCUGGUCACCUUGGGGACAUCAACCAUGAUGGGGACACCAACCAUGAUGGGGACACCAACCAUGACGUCACCAUGGACCUGCUCACCCAAGGGACCUCCUGGUGUCCCCAAGGCCACCACGACCCCAUGUCCCCAUUGUCCCCCCAAUGCCACCAAAAUAACCAAAUCCACUCUUUUCCACUUAUGGUUUUUAAUCCUUUCCCGCCAUUUUUGCCUUUUUUUGGGGGGUUUCACCCCAAAAUAAACCUGCUCCUCCCUCCA